GGCCUGAACACCCUGCCCCAGAGGGUCCUCCGGAAGGAGCCUGCCACCCCAUCCGCGCUUGUCCUCAUGAGCCGCUCCAACACCCAGCCCACAGCCGCCCCUGGCCAGAAGGCGGUAGAGAACAGCAGUGGGACCCCCAACUUCUCCAUGCGAUCCUUCACCAUCGAUGACUUUGAGAUUGGGCGUCCUCUGGGCAAAGGCAAGUUUGGCAACGUGUACCUGGCUCGGGAGAAGAAAAGCCAUUUCAUCGUGGCGCUCAAGGUCCUGUUCAAGUCUCAGAUAGAAAAGGAGGGUGUGGAGCACCAGCUUCGCAGGGAGAUCGAAAUCCAGGCCCAUCUGCAGCACCCCAACAUCUUGCGUCUCUACAACUAUUUCUACGACCGCCGAAGGAUCUACUUGAUUCUGGAGUAUGCCCCCCGGGGCGAGCUCUACAAGGAGCUGCAGAAGAGCCGCACUUUUGACGAGCAGCGAACAGCCACGAUCAUGGAGGAGCUGGCGGACGCUCUGUUGUACUGCCACGGGAAGAAGGUGAUUCACAGAGACAUAAAGCCAGAGAAUCUGCUCUUGGGGCUCCAGGGAGAGCUGAAGAUCGCCGACUUUGGCUGGUCUGUGCAUGCCCCCUCCCUGAGGAGGAAGACGAUGUGUGGCACCUUGGACUACCUGCCUCCAGAAAUGAUUGAAGGGCGCACGCACAACGAGAAGGUGGAUCUGUGGUGCAUCGGGGUCCUUUGCUAUGAGCUGCUGGUGGGAAACCCGCCCUUCGAGAGCGCUUCACACAAUGAGACCUAUCGACGCAUCGUCAAGGUAGACCUGAAGUUCCCCCCAUCCGUGCCCACGGGAGCCCAGGACCUCAUCUCCAAGCUGCUCAAGCAUAACCCCUCCGAACGGCUACCCUUGGCCCAGGUCUCAGCCCACCCUUGGGUCCGGGCCCACUCUCGGAGGGUGCUGCCUCCCUCCGCCCUUCAGUCUGUCCCGUGA